AUGCAUACAUUUCCCCUACCGUUUCCAAAAGACGUGCAACUAAACUCAGCGCUCGACGGCAUCAACAAAGAUGAAGAUUGGAAAGAACUACGUCUCCCGGGCCAGCCCAACAUCCGUCUCGGCCAACAUGAACGCCUGUGGCACCAUCUGGAGCGUGAGUUAUAUUCAGCCGACCUGGAGAAGCUUGCCCCGCACCUGUGGAUGAUGUCGACGCAAUCCAGCGCCAACAUCUCGCCGCUGCACCGGCAGAAAGUCAAGAACCGGCGCAUCAUCAUCACCGAGGAUCCGCGCCUGCACCUCGUCUGGGUCGACGACAAGAUCUUCAUCAAACCUCUACCGCCGUACCUGCUCUCCCACGCCUUCUGGGCGGAAAUCCUGCAGCCUUGCAGCGGCCCCACCACCACCACCACCACCACCACCAGCAAUGCCUCUCCAAACAGCACCACCGCCUCGCACCGCACCGCCAUCGCUCUCGCUGCCCGCGGCUUCCUCCGCACCUACAGUCACCUGAUCCGGCACGAAUCCGACUUCCGCAUCGCGCUCGACGAACAGCUCAUCCCCCCUCCCCCCGUCUUCACCUCCACCCCCUCCUCCGACAUCCCCAUAACCUGGACCACCUUCGCCGACUUCACCGCCAGCAUCUCCAGCCUUGUCAACGACGCCGACGUCUCUCCCCGCUACGCCUACGGCGAACUCCGCCUCUCGCGCCUCAACUUCUACGCCAAGCUCUUCCUGCGCCGCUUCUACUACCAGCGGCGCUUCCCGCAGUACGGCACAUACUUCGCGCAGUUCUUCGCGCCGAUCCUGUUCGUCUUCGGGACGCUGAGCGUGGUGCUGGGCGCGAUGCAGGUCAUGACGGCGACCGAGGCGCUGCUGCUGCCCGAUGGAGCGGUGUGGCCGGGGUUGUGGAUGGUGUGUCGGUGGUUUAGCGUGUUGACGUUGGUGCUGGUGGUGGGCGUGUGUGUGGUUUUGGGGGUGUUGUUGGGGUAUCGGUUUGUUAGUGAGUGGUGUUAUGCGAUUAGGGAUAGGAGGGGGAAGAGAAGGAGGGUGGGGUGGGUGGGGAAGGAGGCGGGGGCGAUGGUGUAG